AUGUCAAUGUCAUAACAAAGAUAUCAAACUCUUAUGGGUUCUGAUGAUAUUUCACAAAUAUGUAGUGGAUUCAUUAGAUUUAUUGAAGAAGUAAUUCUCUUUUAAAUUAUUAAUAUAGAUAUUAUUACCUAUUGCUAAAUAAGAUACAAAAUAAUUUUAAAAUUGGACAAAGUUCAAAGAGAUUAUUGAUCCAUUUAAUAAAAAAAUUGAAUUAUAAAGAGUUGAGUAAUAUUUCUAAUAAUUUAAUAAUUCUAAGAUUAAUCAAGAAAAUAAACCACCUUCACCAAUACUUAAAGAAUAAACUAAAAAUACUGUAAAUAUUCAAGAUAGAAGUUAUUCAAUACCAUAAACAACUAUCAUUUAAACUAUAAAAGAGGAUUACGAAAAUAAACUUAAGGAAAUUACAGAUAAAAUUAAUAAAACAUUUCAUUAAAAUAAUACUCAUUUAGAUAUUCUUCUUAAAAUGAAUAAUACAACAUAAGAUGCUAAGAAUAAAUUAGAACUUAAUAAUAAUAAUCAAAGAAACACUUCAAUCACCAGAAGAGUAGAUUUUAAAAGAAGAAAUACAGAUUACUAUUCAUUUAAACCUAUUAAUAAUAUAUAAUGA